GGAACGCCAGUUCUCACCCUCUCACCUAGCCCGUCCCCCCCUUCUCCCGUCCCACUCUCCAAAACAAAAAAGUGGUUCUCCCGACCCGACCCGAUCCUCUUCGCAACCCGUGAAUCCCCAACUCGACCGUGGUGAUCCAGGCGGCCCGAGAGCCAGCCAGCCAUGCCGACGCCGCACCUGCACCCGCGGUCGCGCAUGACCUCGUCGCUGUUCGCGACCACCCUGCUCGCGAGCUUCGUCGUCGUCGCGCUGCCGCACGUGCUGCCGUGUCCCGCGCCGCGGCGGGCGUUUGCCGACGACGGCGGCGGCGGGAUGUCUUCUUCUGCUGCUGGGGCGUCGGCAGCGGGAGUGGGCGCGGACCGGGAUGCGCCGCCGCCGCCGCCGCCGCGGAGGAUGAGGAGGAGGACGACGAGGCGCGGGUUGGACGAUGGGGCGGGCGCCGGCGAGGAGGGCGUGGCGGUUGUGGAGUUCCAGCCGGGGAGGACUUCUUCUUCUUCUUCUGGCGGAGAGGAUGAGAGGGCGACGCGGCGGGGGCGGCGUGCGAGGGAGUGUCCGGUGCCGAAGCCUGGGGGGAUCUUAGGGGAGUGGUUGGGGUUUACCGGCGGUGAGAGGAGGGAGGCGGGGGACAAGACCAGGCCGGAUAGGUGACGGGAGGGUGGGAAGGAAGGAUGGGCUGGAGAGGAUGUUUCAGAAACGGGGGUUAUGAUCUGGAAUAGGAGAGGUUGUACGAUUUUAAGAGGCGGAG